AUGGGUUCCCAGCAGUCUCAUCAGUCUCAGCAGGCUCAGCAGUCUCAGCAGUUAUCUCAGCAGCUAUCUCAACAGUUGUCUCAGCAGUUGUCUCAACAGCCUCAACAGUCUCAGCAGCCUCAGCCUCAGACUCAGACUCAGCCUCAGACCCAAUCUCAACAGUUGCAACAGUUACAGCAGCUGCAACAGUUGCAGCUUCAACAACAACUUGACAGCCUAUCUGGUUCUAGAAGAAAGCUUAGCAAAGAUCUUAGCGGACUCACGGAUGAUCCAGACCUUAACGCUAAGCUGCUCAUGAAGUGUACUUGUCGUAAGAAGGAUCCUAAUAGAAUUCCUAGACCUAGAAAUGCCUUCAUUCUUUUCAGGCAGAAGCACCACCAAGAGCUGCUUGAGGAAGGAGGUAAGGUUCGAACCAAUCCUGAGGUGUCGAAAGAAUUGGGGCGUAGAUGGAGAAAUCUUCCUCCUAAAGAAAAGGCCUACUGGGUGAAGCUUGCUGAAGAGGAGAAGAGCAGGCACGCUGAGAAGUACCCCGAUUAUAAGUACACUCCAAAGAGAAACAGUAAGAAGAAAUGUCCACAUUGUCUUGCCAAGCAGGCUUUGAAGAAUAGAAGGCUUGCCAAACGUCAUGCUGCCACAGCAGCUGCUACUCUGGGAUCUGUUGGUGUUGUUGGAGCCAUGAAUGGUUCUUUUAACGGGGUCACAGCUGGUUCAAUUGCAUCUGCAAAUUCUGUUGGUUCUGCAAUGCCCAACGCUUACAGUUAUCAGCAGCCCUUCUUUACGCUUGCAUCUAAUGGUCAAUUCUACUCCGAUUUGGGCCAAGUUUCUCAGUCUCAGCCUACUUCUUCUGCCCAGCAGUCGUAUCAGAGGCUUCAAUCUCCUCAGCAGGGUGUUGCGCAGGGAUCUCCUCAACAUUCUGUUGCUGCUCAAGGUACUGCUACUCCCGUUUACUAUCAGCAGGGCCUUAUGGGUCUUCAGCAAGUUGUUCUUCUUCCUCAGCAGCAACAACAGCAACAGCAACAACAACAGCCACAACAGCAACAGCAGCAGCAACUUCAACAACAACCACAGCCACAGCAAGUAGUUCGGCCUCAGUCCUUCAAGUCUGAAGACAUGUAUCCUAGCAGUGGUAAUGGAAGAGCCCAAUCGCAACAAUCGCAACAACCUCUCAAUUACUCUCCCACCUCGGCAAAUAUCUCUAAGUCUCCUACUCUUGGGGUAACUGAUCAAUCAAGUUACCAGGGACUCUUCAAUCAACCCCAGACUAGAUACAACCAGCAACAGCAGACACCACAGUCUCAGAACCAGUCUGGUGGGUCUCCUCAAGCACAGAGUCUCCAGCAGAUGUACAUGCAGUUGGAUAACCAGCAGCAAUCCAUGCAACAGCCCCAGCAUGCAUCGCAACAGCAGUCACAGCAGCUGUCUCAGCAGGCUCAACAGGCUCAGCAGCAGAGCUAUCUCCAUGGCUACGACUUCCAGCAGUUGCAGCAAAGUACUUCUCAACAGAGUCAGAUGCCUUUACCUCCAAUCAACAACAUCUCGCUUCCUCCUUUAAACAUGAACCAGAAGAGCAACUAG